AUGUUUGACGUUUUCGGUUCCGUGAAGGGCCUACUCAAGCUAGACUCGGUGUGCAUCGAUAAUAAUGUAUUCCGUCUACACUACAAAGCCACCGUGAUCAUCCUGAUCGCUUUCUCGCUGCUGGUAACUUCACGCCAGUAUAUCGGAGAUCCCAUCGAUUGCAUCGUCGAUGAAAUUCCGUAUGCCGUUAUGGACACAUACUGUUGGAUAUACUCAACAUUCACGAUCCCGAAUCGGCUCGUUGGACGCGUUGGAAAGGAUAUGCCUGCGCCAGGCAUCGGCACCCACGUUGAAGGAGAAGAUGAGGUGAAAUACCACAAGUACUACCAGUGGGUGUGUUUUGUGCUUUUCUUCCAAGCUAUUCUGUUUUACGUGCCUCGUUAUCUAUGGAAAACAUGGGAAGGUGGCCGUGUUAAAAUGUUAGUACUGGAUUUAAAUUGUCCCGUGGUUGGAGAGGAUUGUAAGGCGGACCGAAAAAAGUUACUUGUUGACUACUUUCACACAAACCUACAUACGCAAAACUUUUAUGCAUUCCGCUUCUUUAUCUGUGAAGUUUUAAAUUUUAUAAACGUCGUUGGUCAAAUUUAUUUUAUGGACUUUUUCCUAGACGGAGAGUUUUCGACGUACGGUCGAGAUGUAGUUCGUUUCACUGAAAUGGAACCGGAAGAAAGAGAAGACCCUAUGGCUCGAGUGUUUCCUAAAGUUACAAAAUGCACAUUCCACAAAUACGGUCCAUCGGGAACCGUGCAAAAGUUCGACGGACUAUGUGUACUACCAUUGAAUAUUGUAAAUGAGAAGAUCUAUGUAUUCUUAUGGUUCUGGUUCAUUAUCCUGUCAAUUCUCAGUGGCAUCUCCCUUGUCUACCGUGCCUUUGUUGUCGCCGGUCCGCGUGUACGUUUAUACCUGUUGCGCGCACGCAGCCGCCUCGCUCCACAGGAGCAGGUCGAAGCUGUAGCACGUAAGCUACAGAUCGGUGACUGGUUCGUGUUAUACCAACUUGGAAAGAAUAUCGACCCACUAAUCUACAAGGAGUUGAUGAGCGAUUUAGCGAAGAAGUUUGAAGGGAAAGACACUGUG